AUGCGUUUCAGCAUCAUAGUGCUUUGUGCUUUAAUUUGCCUCUUCGUUAUUUUGACCGAAGCUAGACAGAAGAAAGUGAAUCGUGCGGCAUCCAGAUCCUUGGCAGUCAGAAAUGGGAACAAAAAGCAGCGAAGUAAUGUGCGUCAACGAAAUGGAAAUAAGCCAUCUGCCAAAUCAAAGAAUCUUAAGAAACGUAGACUAAAUGCGGGCAAGAAAAAAAAGAAAAGUAAAAAUUUGGCCAAGAAAAAUCGAAGGAAAAGUAAUUCGGUCAAAAAUCGUAAAGCGAAGGUCAAGUCAAGUUCUACCAGUAGUUCCAGUUUUGCUACUCUACCACUGGACUUCCAACAGAAUUUCGUACGAACCACGGACAAUUUGCGAUCGGAGAAGGCAUUUUUGGCCAGACGUUAUGGUUUUAGUUUUGCCAAGACUUCUGGAACCGCAAGACUAAAAAACACGGCAAAUAUGGAGUACACCUGCAAGCUAAGCAUUGGCACACCGAAGCAAAGGUUCACAAUACUUCCGGAUACCGGUAGUUCGAAUCUGUGGGUCACAGGACCGCAAUGCAAGAGCAAGGCCUGCCGGAAACAUAAGCGUUAUCAUCCUACAAAAUCGAGCACCUAUAUAGAAGACGGCGAGGAAUUCGAGAUUGAAUAUGAGUCGGGUGCUCUGGCAGGAUAUCUGGCCAUUGACACUGUGAGUAUAGCUGGACUGACAGUCACCAACCAGACCUUCGCGAUGAGCAGCAAGGAACCGGGAAGUACCUUUACAACGGCCAAUUUCGAUGGUAUACUGGGUAUGGGUUAUAAGUCCAUAUCCGUGGAUGGUGUCACGCCCGUGGUGCAGAACAUGUGCGCGCAGGAUGUGAUCAGCCCUUGUAGGUUUGCCAUUUGCAUGAAGGGCGGUGGCAGCUCCUCCCGAGGUGGUGCCAUAUUCUUUGGCAAUUCCAGUACCAGCGCUUUCAGUGGAUCGAAUAGCUAUAUCUACACUCCGGUGACCACAAAGGGUUAUUGGCAGUUUACGCUGCAGGCUGUCUACGUGGGCAGCACCAAAGUGAGUGGUUCGGUGCAGGCAAUUGUGGAUUCCGGAACUUCCCUCAUGACUGCCCCAACGGCAAUCUACAAAAAGAUUAACAAGAUCCUCGGUUGCAAGGAGACCUCCAGCGGAGAGUGUUGGAUGAAGUGCUCGACGGAUGUACCCGACGUCACCAUGGUCAUUGGGGGCACAGAGUUCGUUCUUAAGGGUAAAAAGAUGAUGUUGAAAGUGAAAACCUCCAAGGGCAAGACUGUUUGCAUAUCGGUGGUAACCGAAGUUCCGGACGAACCUAUGAUCUUGGGCGAUGCCUUCAUCAGGCAUUUCUGCACCGUCUUCGACUUCGCCAAUAAUCGCAUUGGAUUCGCUGCCACUACCUAUAAGACCUAG